CGUGACGUCAGCAGCUCCUGCCACUAGUCAAAACAUGGCGGCUGCCAUGGAGCUGAGAUGCUGGGGAGGAGACUGGGGUUUGCCUUCUGUCCACAGCGAGUCGCUCAUAGUUUUGGCCUAUGCCAAGUUUUCUGGGGCAAAAGUCACAGUUUCUCCCAUAGACUGGACAUGGAAAACUCUAACAGCGACAGUCCCAGAGUUUCUUUGUGGAGACACUGCAGUUCAAGGACCUACAGAGAUUCUCAACUUCCUGAGGAAACAGAGGUUUAAUGCAGACUAUGAGCUGACAGCCAGACAAGGAGCAGACACCAUGGCAUACAUCGCUCUGCUUGAAGAGAAACUACGACCAGCUCUGUUGCACACUUUCUGGGUGGAUGCAGAAAACUACGGCAAUUUGACACGGCCGUGGUUUGCUUCACGCUCGCCGUUCCCUCUUAACUUUCUCGUCCCUUGUCGCCAUGCCAACAUCGCCCUCUCCCGCAUCCUUCUAACAAAAGGAGAGGCGCCGCUACACAGAAUCACUGAGGUGGAGGGAAAGAUCUACAGUGAUGCUAAAGAGUGCCUGAAUCUUCUCUCCUACAGACUGGGAACAGCAAACUACUUCUUUGGCAACUCGCCGACCAGCCUGGACGCCUUUGUGUUUGGUUUUGUAGCUCCACUUUACAAAGCCAGUCUCCCCAGCAGCCCUCUGCAGAGCCACCUCAGACAGCUGGAUAACCUCACACGCUUCUGUGACGACAUCCUCGCAGUCUACUUCAGCUCGGACCACCCUUGUCCACCCCCACCUGUUCAGGAAACAGUGGAUGCCAACCUCCAGAAACUAACUCAGCUUGUUAACAAAGAGUCCAACUUGAUAGAAAAGAUGGAUGACAACCUUCGCGGCAGCCCUCAGCACAAACCCCACAGACCAGAACCCAAGCCCAGUCUGGCCAGUGAGAAGAGCUCCACCCCUGCCUAACUCUUGACCUGUCAACCCUGAUCCAGCCUUAUUAUUGGAGGAAGAACAGCCUGUAGAUGAUAGAAGCAGUUCUGAAUCUGAUUCAACAUCCUGAAAUAAAAAAAAAUGUCAUUCAGCUGAACUAUGAUAUUAAUGGCAAAUAACCUAAUAAUUAAUGGAAGUACGACUAUAUAAUUAUAAAAGAGUCUAUUUUACAGCAAUGUAAUUAUGAUAGAUUUUAAAGAUGUUAGUCUGAAAGAGAGGGGAAAGUGCAUGUGUGAGUUUUUAAAAAACGGUUGAGCGCAUGUACGUGGUUAAGGAUGGAAGGCUAUGAAGUGGUGCUUGAAGAGAAAGACACAGAAAGUUUGAACAAAAGUCAAAAUGAAAUGAAAAGUCCUGCAGGGAAAAGGAGUGGCACGGUUUGACCUCUGAGUGGGCCACUUGUUAAUAUUUCUUUUAACCUCACCUUCCUUUUAUUUUCUAUAAGAAAUGUGUAUUUUCUGUGUGUUUUUUUUUGUCACAAUACAGUUAAUGCACCAUAGGAAACAUGUGGAAAUGUCCUCACCUGCCUCAUGAGGAUAUUGAAGUCACUGGGUUACAAGAUACAUUGGUCACUAAAGUAGAACAGUGUUGGGCUAGAGCACCUUAUGGUAAGAUAUGUUUAAUUAGCUCAUGUUACUCCAGUUUAUAAAUCUGUGUUUUAUCAUGGAGGAUCUAAAAUUCAAAUAUUUUAAUUAGUAUAAUGUACAGUAUGUAUGCAGUCUUGACUAUAGGCCUAAGCAAUUACUUACUUUGCUUUUCCCUCACCUCUGCUUUGUAUAGCUUGUAUAGUUGUAAAUAGUUUCAUGAUUAACAUCAAUGCAAUUUUACUUGUGGUUUCCUCUAAUAGGGCUGAUCCGCUUAUUUGCAAACUUUGCUAAAAAAACACUGAGGUAAUGGAAAGGCCUUACACACUGCAUUAACUUAUUCAUGAAAAAUAUGUGGCACUAAUAUGUUUUUGUAUGUCUUUCAUAAUUGUUUCUUUGCUGUGCACGAUAAUCUGUGUCAUGUAACAGUCCACUCACUUCUGUUUUCAACAACCAUUUUUGUACAACAUUUAUGUUCUUUAGGUUUUUCUGUGCCUGUUUCACCUUGUUAAAACAAAAGUGUCUGUCCCAUUUGGGAAUGUCUCAUUAGCUGCCUUUUUCUAUGCUUAGAAUUUAUUUUCCUACCAUGUUCCAUAAUAUCCUCACAGCUCAUACAUUAUUGAACUGUCUGUACUCCAUAUGAUUGCUUUCAUGAUUUAUCUGUAUCUUAGUCUAGAUACCUAGACUCUUGCAACUUCCAAAAUCCAAAAACAUCUCUUCAUGGUUACAUUCCCUUUAAAGCAAAAUAUCCUGAAACAAAAGGAUUCAUUGGUGUGUGUGCUGUGCGCGCGUGUGCUGCCAAUUACAAAAUGUUGUUGGACAACUAACAGGCUUGUGAGGAAUUUAUGGGUACAGUGUGCCUUCAUGACUGCUGGUGUCUUUGUACAGUUGUCAAAAUGUCAUAAUUUUGAAAGACUUUCAUAAAUUAUCUUUGUCGUUUAUGUUACUGUGGUUCAUUUUCUGUGGAUGGUUGGUAUCAACUGUCUUGAUCUUGAAAUACAAACAUGAUAAUCCA